GAGCGAUGAUGUCCUCCGCCUCGCCGUGAACACGUUUCUGCUCCCAGCGAUAGUCUCAAAUCGUCCUCCGGGGUCUCCCCAUUUCCCCAUGACCUCAGGCCGGACGAGUCACAUAAUCAAGGUUAACUUUACUGACACUCGCGGGUAUUCCAGAUGACUGAAACCAGAGUAAUGCUUACUCCAAAGGAGGCAUUACGGACCGAAGCUUGUGAACUCGCUUCCGGCCACGAAAUUAACAUGUCGAGCUUAUAAGAAUACUCCCGUCCAGCGGGAUGCUCUUCUCCGCCCACCCCCUCGUAAGUUCCCAGACCGCUGAUUAUUUUUUGCUUUCUCUCCCUACUACGUGGCGUCCAUGACCGAAUACACGAGCAACUCCGAGGCCAUACGCGAGUACAUGUCCGCGCGGGAGCGGACAGCACAAUGGAUCCAGGCUCAUACACCCAACGGUACGGUGCCCGCCUUUGUGCCGCCAUCGUACCCCCCGUCCAUGAUCAGCGACUCUGACGCACCCAGCUAUGGUCCGAGUGACUCGGACGAGGAAAGCAGCCAUUCCCUGCCGCCACGUAUGGUGCUGCGCUACAACGAUGGGCGGGCUGACAUACCCAUCGCCACCGAAUACAACCCGCACAAUGGCACAUACUCGAGGCAGGCGCCGAAGAUGCGUAGUGCGGAGCCCCGCUCAAUCCCUACGCACCGACGGUCCAAGUCAGGACCAUACGCACAGCCCGCUGAGCGUGGACCAUCGCAUGUAGUGUCUCGUCACGCUCAGUCUCUUUCUUAUGCUAGCCAGCCAGUCGUCGAGCCCCGUGCUAUGCCGGAGCCGCCUCGCUCGCCCGAGAGUAUCGUUAUCCUUCCGUCUCGACAAGGAAGCCAGAACACGCAGUCCACUAGUCAGACAGCUGAAAGUCUACCCCCUUUCUCCCAGCCCUCGCAGCCCCAUCCUUCGUCGCAUACGUUUGACGCGGCACUGCAGGUUCCUCUGCCGCCGUCGACUAUCUCGCAAAUCCCGCAGCAGCCUAGCCGGUUUGGCAGCGCUUCACACCACUCUUCACACCCUUCACAGCACGGUAUCCUCACCGCCAAUCUCUCACCCCACUCUCAACCCGUGCCUGGACCGACACCGCGUGCUGCAACAUCAUUCGCGCACCAUGCGCCGUCGUCGCGUGUACAGUCGCAGCUCCCUUACCACUACUCGCCCCCCGCAAUCGUUUACGCGCCCUCGUCAAAACAUUCGAGAUCUCACUACGCGCCACCGGCAAUCGUGUACUCGCCCUCGGCGACUCAUCAUGCCCCGUCCCGCCACGCCCCCUCCAUGACAUAUAGCCACUCUGCACCUUUGCCGCAGGCUCCGCCACACCAGCGCGCAGGUUCGUCCGUGUACCACUCAGCGCAGGGGUCGUUGCGCUCUCGCCGUCCCGGAUCUGCCAUUCCGGAAGAGGACCCGCGCAUGGCUGGUCGCUACGACAGAAGUGUCGAUCGAGACCGUGGCCGCAGCCGCAGCCGUGGACGGAGCGUGGCUCGCACCCGCACGCCCGCAGAAAGCGUUAUGUACAUCGCCGAUCAUGAACUCCCCCCGGACGAGCCUCGCGCUCAAACACCCUCGGACUCUUUCGACGAUGAAGAUGAGGGUCGAACGCAAGCCUCCGGAAGCACUUACUAUGUCCUGCCUACGCCGGGGCAGAAGGUCAAACUUAUCGUCCCAGGCUCGGGUUCUAUCUACACCGCCACCUCAACCACGAAGUCCGGGCACUCCCCUCAAUCAGCGCACUCGGGUCCGAAGAAAGCGUUCUUCCAGCGCAUCUUCAGCAUCCCCAAGCUGUCGGGCUCCUCUUCGAGCUCGGAUGGACUGGGUAAGAGGAUCAGCCGGAGGCAUACCAUUGGAGGUGCUCAUAUGCGUGGAAGGAUGGGCCUCCCUCCGCGGUAAGGUGCGUCUGUGGCGCGUACCGCGGCCUUGGUGGCGCAAGUGGGGGCAAAGUCAUCGUAGGAGAAAAGCGGACAUCUGACCGCACCCAGCCGACGGGAAGGUGCUCUGAGACGGUCACGACGUGCUCAGAGUUUUUGACUUACAUACUGUACGCUGAUAGUCGAUGGAGGUUCCAAUUCAUUCUGUACGUCUACGUCUUCGGUACCACGUCCGUCGUUUUACAUACUUUAGGCUAUCGCAAGCCGCUUCGUGCUGACGGGACAUAGUACGUACACGACGGAUCAAUGAUAAGUGUAGUGGUGCAGCAUAA